AUGGUCGCUUGCUGUGGGACUUCUUGCAGCAAUUGCUCAACGAUCGCAAUCAGAAGUACAGCGACUUGAUCGCGUGGAAGUGUCGCGACACUGGCGUCUUCAAAAUCGUCGAUCCUGCCGGUUUGGCCAAACUUUGGGGCAUACAAAAGAAUCAUCUCUCGAUGAACUACGAUAAAAUGUCGCGCGCGCUGCGCUACUACUACCGCGUCAACAUAUUACGCAAGGUGCAGGGUGAGCGUCACUGCUAUCAAUUCCUGCGCAAUCCAACCGAGUUGAAAAAUAUUAAGAAUAUAUCGCUGCUGCGCCAAACCGUUGCUGGCAAUGGCGGCCCGACAGCAGCAGGCGGCGCUAAUGGCAGCAAUGGCGCUGGUAACGUGUCUGCGAACAACAACAACAACAGCAAUAACAACAAUAAUGCCAACCAUAACAACAAUAAUAGCAAUCAGUCUCCCAGUACAAAUUUGAGCAGCACAAAUUGGACAUUACCGCAUCAGCAAUCACCACAACGACAUACAGCAGCGUCGCAUGGCAACAACGGCAGCGGUAACCUGAACGGCAACAACCACAGCCACAACCACAACCACAACCUUAGCCUUAGCCACCCGCACAGUAAUGGUGGUGGUGGUGUCGCCAAUCAGCAUAUGAGUCUUCCAGCGGCGGUAGCUGCUGCGGCUGCCGCUGCUUAUGGGCCACCACCCACAUCGCCGCUCUUCAUGCACGCCAUAAAUGGGGCCUUCCAAUACUUGUCGAAUACGGCGGGCGCACCACCCAAUUCGCCUGCAAUGCCACACGCGCCCAGCGAGAAAUUUCAAUUUGGCGUAGUCAAGGUGGAACACAACAGCAGCGAGUCGCGCUCACCGGAUCACAGCGAUGAGCUAAAGCCAACCGAUCUGAGUGUGGCGGGUAGCAGUAGCGAAAAGCGGCCUUAUUCAAGUCCAUCGGCAGAGGAUUGUUAUCCACUUAUCCGCAAUGCUGACGGACUUACCACAAUCAAAUUGAUACGCUACAAUAAUGAUAAUGAAACGCAUGCGGCCAAGCAGUCAACGCAUGAGCAAUUGCAACAGCAACAACAACAACAACAACAACAACAACAGCUACAGCAGCAAGCCAAUAGCGCUUCAGCCAGCAACAACAGUGUUGAGCAGCAGCAACAGCAGCAGCAGCAGCAGCAACAUACGCCUAUGGACCAUACGGAUAAUGAGUGUCAUGAGGAUGAGUCCGCCGCUAGCGCCGCGGCCGCUGCUGCGGGCGGCAGUCUAAUGCCAACCGAUCUGCGCAAAUAAGGAGUGAGCUGAAGUAGCUAACUGUAUACGACAAUAUUACUAAGUAAGACGAUGGUGAGCCAGGUGUAAGAGAAGUAUAUGAGUUACUGAAAACGCAGGACAAUCAAAGGAUAAUAGCAAGACGAAGGAAGAGUAGGAUCUGAGACGUGAAAUAUUAAGGCAAAAGGCAGGCCGCUGCGCGAAAUGUUUGCAGUGCCCAUUAAAAACUGUGACGGUCUUUACAGAAGAAUACUUCAGUUUAGCUACUUUUUCUUGCAACAGUGCCAAAUCUAGGCUCAAGCAUUGUCAGAGAGAGCUAGAGAGAGGGGAACACAAUUCGGUUAAAAUUGCUUUACGAUAUGUAAGCAGCAAGUGAACGCAAACAUGGCUGAGAGAAAAGAGCAUUCGUUGCACUUAAAGAAAUUUGACAUGGACAGUUUCUUGAAGUUGAGGAAAAUGUUCGAAAAAUAAAUUAAAUCAAAAAUAGUGAUUUCAAGUGUGCAAGCACACCGGCAAAUAAUAACUGCAUACAGAUAUAGGUAUGUUGCAUACAUAAAUACAUGCAGCUUAAAUAUGUAUGUAGCGGUAAAUGUGUGAAAUUAUAAGGAUAUAUAGUAUAUAUGCACAUGGAUACACACAAACGUUUGUAUAGAUUGUAUAUUAACAUACAAUACAUAUAGUAAAUACAUAUAAAUAUAUCUAUAUACAUAAACAAAGCA